AUUCUGUCUAGCCAGGCAGCAACCGGAAAGCUGAAAUCUGAUCUCUUCAUUUAAGAAAUCAAAUGUAACGUCAUCGUCUGUAAAAGAUAUCCAGUUAUAUAGAAGAUUGCUACCAUGCUUUGCAAUGAAUUCUAUAACAUCAAAAAUCCGUGUCGUGGCUAGCAAACUAGACAUAUUCACCUCCAAUUGGUUUAUCCCUCUCUAGUAUUUAAGCACAGUUGCACGGCCUGGAAGAGCCCUGCGCAGCUCGUGGUUGCUAAGGAGACUCGUCGGGGCAACGGGCGAGAGGAACUGGAUUCCACUUUGGUUCAAGCGGUCAGUCUCGAUGAGGUGAUGAUGGGAGUGACCAGCUCUCUCUAAGGGCAGGCGAGGUAGCCUAGCCUAGCCUAGCUCUCUCUACGGGCGAGCGAGGUAACCUACCCUAGCAGGGGCUGUGGAGGAGGCAGAGCCAGUGUGGCGCUCACAGCCGGACGGACAGACGGACGGACGCUCCCCUCCUUCCCCCUCCCCCUCCCCUUCUCUCUCCCCACCCCCCCCACCUCCCCCACCCCCCUCUUCCCCAGCUCCACGGCGACUUGCCAUGGUAACACUCAUCACCCAGCAACUGCAGAAACACAGUCUCAACAGCCACGCCUACCGCAGAUCCUUCUGUCUCAACCUGUCUUUGCCAGAGCCACACAGUCCUGGAAUCUGCUGGACCACAUAUGGAUUGAUGCCAGAGAGUAGCUAUUGGCAGCUGUGCCCUCCUUCCAAGCCGAGCCUCCAGGGUGCGCUGAGCUCCAGUUUCCCCCCCGGACCGGUGCCCCUGGGCCCCCCCGCGCUGCCCUUCCCCGGGGGGGAUGCCCAGAGCGACGCCCUGGUCCCCAGCACCUCUGCCACCAACCUGUCUCUGCCCGGGGGGCCGCCCCCGCCCCCUCCGCCCCCGCCCAAACGGCACUGCCGCUCGCUGUCGGUGCCCGAGGACCUGUCCCGCUGCCGCUACACCUGGCGGCCCAGCGCCUCGCGGAUCUGGACCCCGGUCAAGCGCCGAUGCCACAGCGGGGGUGGGGCGGGGGGCUCGUGCCCCCUGAGGGUGGGGGGAGGAGGCAGCGCCCCGCCUCCCAGCUCCUCCCUAAACUCGUCGGGGCAGUCCUCCUCCAGCCCCACUUUCUGCAGCCUGGCGCUGUCUCCCGACUCGCCCCUGCCCUGGAGCUUCCCCUGGGACCCCCCGGACUCAGGGGCGGGGGGCGGAGGGGGAGGGGGCUGCUGCUGCUUCUUCACCCCCCCUCCCUCCUCUUCCUCCUGCUCCUCCUCGCCCUCCCCGCUGCGGCCGCCGCCCCUGCACCACCCCCAGCGCCGCUUCUCGCUGUCGCCCGUGCUCAUACGCGAAGCCGCCGCCCACUUCCUGCCCCCGGCCCCGCCCCAUCCUGUCCCAGCCCAGGCCGCGGCCCCGGCCCCGCCCCCAGUGGCGGUGCCCCCCUCGCCCUCCUCCGCCUGCAGUACCCCCUCCUCCCUGCGGAGGGCCACGCCCGUGCAGCUGCCACGCUGCCACUCCCAGCCCUGCGACCUGCUGCUUCGCAAACCAGGCCUGAAGCGCCGCAGAGACCCAGACACCCUGCCCCGAACACGGCCUGGACUGGACUUCAUCAAGAUGACUCAGACGCGCAGCGGGGAGGCCCUGAGCUGGCUGGAGAGGGGCCGCUUCGGCUGCGGGGGGGACGUGUUCAUGGGCCUGGAGCCCUUUUUGGGAGACUUCCGGGGCUCAGUUUCCCCCGCGGAGGGGCUGGGGAGGUCCAGCAUCGGACCGCUGAGCGAGAGCGAGGAGGAGGAAGAGGGGGAGGAGGAGGAGGAGGAGGAGGAAGAGGAGGAGGAGGAGGAAGAAGAAGAAGAAGAAAGGGAGUCAAAGAGCAACAGCGAAGGGGGUCAACAGAGCGUCUUUGAGAGGGAUUGUACAGAACUGGACUUGUCCCUCAUAGAGGAGAAUUGAUAAAAAUAAAAAUAAAUAAUUGGGAAGCCUGCUCCCCCUCCAUCCGUUGCCAGCAUUCAGCACCCCUCCCUCGCUGCGCCCCCCCCAGCCCUGCAGGCCCUACAGGAGCGGCUCUCAGGAACACAGCUGCCCUCCCCCGGGGCCUCCAGCAGGGACACACCAACUUCAUCAGCGUGGAUGAUUCUAAUAAUAAUAAUAAUAAUAAAAAAAACAACCGAUCAUAAUAAUAAAACUAGGAGAGUGAACGCAGGUUGCCACGGACACCGUCCCGCCAGUGGAUUACAUUCCAGGACCUGGGAUCAGUUGCUAAAAGACCCUUAAGUGUUACAUAACGGGACUGCGCGGGACAGGACAGCUGUUCCUGCACCAUUUUGGGAUGGGGGGGGGGAAGGGGAAGGGGGAGGGGGGGGUCAGGGGUGGGUUGCCUAGGGAACACUACGAGGCUGACAAGGGAAACCGGAGAUGACUUGGGUGGCUUCAUGCAACUGGUCACUGGCUUUCUAUUUCCUGUUCUCCGUUUCGUGUCCUUUCUCGGCCGAAAGAAGGUUCUUUCUUGGAUGGUAAUGAGUUCAGUGUUUUUAGUUUUUUUUCUUUAUUUAAAAAAAAAAAAAAAAAAGGCAGUUUCUCAUUGCACCUCUCUGCAGUUAUUUCUGCCGUCUCAUUGAAAUCCAUUUGAAGCAUAAGCCUUAACAACACACCAGAUUUUUUUCUACUGAACCAAUACUACUACGAAAUGAAAUAUGUAGCUGUUUUUUUUUUUAAGUUAUAUUUUACUCUUCAGUUGUUUUCAUAAUACUAUUCGAGUCUAUACAACUCAAAAUUCUGAAAAAAAUAAAUAAAGAUAUGAAACUGGAUGAUUGAUGCACUGUGUUGGAAAAUUUAGACGUUGCAGUUGUAUUUCGAAGGGCACAAUGUAAUAUUGUAUUGUACAGCGAUGAUUUGUUAAACAAGUUAUUUUGUGUGUGUGAAGAUGCCAGCUGGGAGACUUGGCGGGUUAUUGCUGUCUUUUAGAUAUGUUUUUAUUAUUAUUAUUAUCAUUAUUAUUAUUAUUGUAUGUGUUACAAGAUGACAAUUUCCUCUAAUGCAGUUUGUGUACAAAUAAAGUUUAUUGGAGAUUA